GUGGUUUCACUCUUUUAUGCAAAGCAAUGAACUCAGCAGCAGAAAUUCAGGCAGUGUCUGAACCCGAUGUCUACACCUCUGUCUUUGCGUUUCUUCAAAGCCACGACUUUGACCUGACCCCUGCAGCAGAGGAAGAAACCAUCAUGGUCCUGAGGUGCAGUACCAUCCUACUCAACUUCUACUUCCUCACAAACGAUUCCUCAAGACAAGUCAUCUGCUACAAGCCCAGAAGCUGUGCGCUGUUCAUCGCCGAUCUCUUACAAAGGGCUGUUCCAAGUGCUAAGACGAUAUUCCUGUACAGAAACCUGCCUGGAUUCUUUGACUCUUGGGCAAGCGUGAUGUUCAGUGGAAGCUACUGGAGAUAUUAUAUCUCGACAGCCUUGAAAAUCGAUGUGUUCUAUGACAUUCCAAAUUAUACCCAAAUGGAGCCAUCAUUAAAGCAGCGACAUGGUAACAAAUGAAAUGUUGAAAUGCGGUAAACAAAUCAUACAGAACCCAUUACUACACCUAUUUAACUCCUGCUUACAGAACGGUUAUUUUCCCGACGAUUGGUCCCUCAGCCAUAUCGUACCCAUACAUAAAUCUGGCGAUACCUCACUCCCUGAUAACUACCGGGGAAUAUCAAUCAUUAGUUGCUUAGGAAAAUUAUUCACCUCUAUUUUAAACAAUCGUCUUGUCAAUUAUGCAGAACAGUACAGCCUUUUCAAACCUCAACAGGCCGGUUUUAGGAAAAAUUUUAGAACAUCUGAUAAUUUGUUUGUGUUAACCACUUUAGUCAGCAAAUACCUAAGCAAAAAUGCAAAAAUUUAUGCAUGUUUUGUGGAUUUCAGCAAAGCUUUUGACUCCGUUUGGCGAGCAGGUCUAUUUUUCAAACUAAACAACCUUGGAAUAGGAGGAAAAUUCUUAAAGACAAUAAAAAACAUGUACUCAAAAACUACAAAUUGCAUUAAAACCAACGGCGGCCUUACAGAGCCUUUUUUUAACUCACUGUGGGGUCCGACAAGGCUGUAAUUUAAGUCCAACUUUGUAUAAUUUAUUUAUUAGCGAUAUAACUUUUGAGUUUGAUGAUAUUUGUUGCAACUCUCCUAGUUUACACAAUAGGAAAGUACCGUGUCUUUUGUAUGCAGAUGAUCUUGUAUUGUUUUCCGAGUCUGAACAAGGCUUGCAAUCAUGUUUAGUUAGAUUAGAAAGAUAUUGUAAACAUUGGAACCUGAAGGUGAAUUUAAAAAAGACCAAGAUUAUUGUCUUCACCAAGGGAGGUAGAUUACCAAAGAAUUGUUUCUUUUUGUUUAAUGGCAAUGUAAUUGAAAUUGUUAUGUCAUAUUGUUAUCUAGGUAUAGUGGUAAGUGCAGCUGGCACUUUCAAGGCCAACAACAAACAUCUAAGAAACAAGGGUCUAAAAUCUUUGUUUAGCAUUAGGCAAUCACUUGACAAAGCCGAUUGCCCACUAGCUGUUAAAAAUAAGAUUUUCGACUCUUGUAUUAAACCUAUAUUACUUUAUGGGUCCGAAAUAUGGGGAUCUCUGAAAAGUCCCAAAAAUUGUCCCAUUGAAUCUGUACACCUAAAAUAUUGUAAAUAUUCACUCAAUGUCCCCAAAACAGCUAGUAAUCUCGCAGCACAGGCAGAACUAGGGAGGUACCCCAUUCAUCUAGAGGCCUCCCUAAAUACCAUCAAGUAUUUCAUUCGACUUAGCAAGAACGUGCCAGCUGACAGCCUUCAAGCAGAUGCUCUCUUGUGCCAAAUGGAUUUAGAAGCAUCAGGUUCGAAAUGUUGGGCCUCUGAAGUACGCAACACUCUAGAGAAAUGUGGCUAUGCUUUCGUCUGGCAAAACGCCCAGUCAACAGUCUCAAGUACACCUCAAAUUAUUUCAUCAAUCUAUCAACGUUUAAAAGAUAUUUAUUUCCAGACCUUUCUAUCUGAA